AUGGGUGAAAUUAACACUCAAUUGGUUGAAAGUUUUGUGAAAGAAAUUUGCGAGGACCUAGUGCCGAAUGGCCUUGUGAAGGAGAAUCAAACUCAUCUGACUUCGAUCAUCCAGAAACUCGAACUAGACAAGUUUUCGAAUAUCCAAUCGAUUUUAAAUCAGGUCAAAACAGAUGCUUUCAAGUUUCUACAAAGUACUAAGGAGUCUGUUCAAAGUUCGUUUGAAAUUAUCCAUCAAAAGUUCGAUCAGGAUCGAGAGAAGAUCAUGAAAUUCCACGAACUGGAGAAGGCUGAAUUGAAAGAAGAGGCGGCUCGACUGAAGGAAGAAAUCGAACGAUUGCGGCAACAUAACCUAGAAGAAGAGAAACGAAUCCAACAGGAUGAGAAGGAGCUGAUCGACUUGAUCCAACGACAACAUGCCUCGAACCUUAAACGAAAGAUGACCCAGACCGACUCGUUGGUCCAAUCUCUGGCUGAACUCAAAGAUCGCAAGGAUCGCAAAAGACUCAAGUUCAGUGGAUUCGAGAAGGAGCUCGACGAGGAUCGGGCUCAACUUGAUCUCCAAUUGAAUGAUACCCUUGGUUCUGCUAACGAACAAUUGGAAGUCUUUGAAACUACUUUCCAAGAAGGUCAAGCUUCCUUGCUGGACAAUCUGACCGUCGACCAACGCGAAAGGAUCAACGCAUACACCGCGCAUUCAAGCAAGAUGGAAAAUCUGGGCCAUACACUCGACCAAAACUGUGGAGAGUUUGUGAAAGAGUUUAGGAAGCUCGAUGAGGGUCUGCAGAGUGAAGUCGCCAAAAUCGAGAAUCAAGUGGUUGGCGUUUAUCACCAUAAAUUGGUCUCCCAAAUUAAGGAACAAGUUCAAACGGUCGAGGGCAGUGUCAAACACGUAUUGAAUGAUGUUGAACGACAAGCGACGAUGUCGAACAAUUGUAUUGAUAAGUCAUUAGAAAUGGUCUCGGGUCUUCGGAACAACAUCCAUCUAUAUCUGACCAAUGAGAUCCGCCAAGACGUGAAGACGGGCCAAACACCUCGGAGGAAGAAGCUGCCGAUCGAGGCGAAUCCGUUACUGGAACAAUCGAGUACGAGUCGGUUUAUAUCCUUAGAGGAUGACUCUGGAGAUUCUGGGCGAAGUAGUGCUGAUGAGGGACAAGAAGAAGAAGAACAGGAGCUGGAAGAAGACGACGAAGAAUACGAUGAUGAUGAUCGUGGUAUUGGUGGGUCAGACGUUGUUGGAAGUGAUAAUCAUCGCAGUAGUAGUGUUGCGACUCGAUCCUCAAGAAGAGUCAAGGACAGACCAGAGAAUCAAUUAUUGCACAGUGAAAAGGCAGAAAGUCAAGACGAGGAAGAAGGCAAGGAUCAUCAUCAUCCUCAAAAUCAUCUCGUCGAGUCUCGUCAUCAUCAUCAUCAACAACAGCCUUCUGCAUGUCUUGCACUCGAAGAUGCUGAAGACCAUCAGCCUGACUUGGUGGUCAAGAAUCCGAAACGAACUUCUCUCAAAAGGAAGAAUCAGUUCUCCGCUUUGCCCACUCCCAAGUCUCGCUCUACUGGUAUCUUGCGCGAGAAAUCUAAUCAAGCUGUGCGAUAA